AUGCUCCGAUCGUUUCGUGACCGUUUCUGUCGACGAUCAGCAGUGGCAGGGGAGCAAACGCUCUUCUGGGCAGGAACUUUCUUGGUCGCCGGACCAUCUUCUGUGUUCGAAUUCGUAGUCAAUAUGGCUCAUGCAACGACAGGCGGGCACUUUGGGAUUGCUGGAGUUGGUGGGGUGGUCAAGCUCCGCUUCGUUCCCUAUCGCGCACAAGACGCACCAGAAUCAGACGCCCUUGCUCCGCACCUGCUAUUUGACAAGCUCUCGGACCGGAUAACGGCCUGUACCUCUGUGUCUCAAGGUGGCGAUGAGGGUAGCCAGCAGGUUGAUCUCUGGGUCCGAUCACUCGCCCGUGCAGCCCAAAGGACGUCGGACUUGAUUGAGCUACUUGACAUUUCUGACCAAACACCCAAGUUCUUUUGCCUCAUCACCAUCUCGGUAUGCGAGAAUCUGAAGGCGAAGAUAGCUUCACUAUCCAAGCCGGCUCCCUAUUUCCUGGUCGAUGCAAUGGCGUACUUGGACGAGGUCACAUCUCUGGAUGCACAGAAUCCAGAGUUCUUGCCAAAAACCUUCGAACCUGCCAACCUUCUCGGUUUGAUGUCAAUGACAGUCGCUGUUCUUAUUGAUGAGCAUGUAUACUCGUCCACAACACAAAUCGACGAAACAAUGACCAAGCACGUAGAGGAUAUCAAAGAAAUCAACGAACUUCUGAAAUGGCGUUUGAAUUUCCAGUUAAAUUUGGACACAUGCAGAGUAGUUCAGCGGAUGCAAUACCAGUUGCGCCGUGAUAAACUUUUCCAGUGGCUAGAUGCUCCAGAUCCCUCACGGAUAUUUAACGAAAUGAAGGACAAGCAUCACCCCACAACAUGCUCAUGGUUGCUCAACGGAGACAAGUUCUUGAAGUGGAAGGAGACCACAGGGUCAGUCCUGUGGGUAUAUGGGCCUCCGGGAUGCGGAAAAACUGUUUUGUGCUCAGCGACGAGAGACGACUCGGUCCCGAUGGUUUAUUUCUUCUUUAAUAAGGGAGAGAGCGCCUUCCUGCAGCACGAUGGCCUUAUUCGUUCGCUCGUCAAGCAAUUGCUUGUGCAAUGCGAGCCUCAAUACGAUCCGGAGGUGUCAACCCACUGGCAACCAUCCCUCAAGUAUCUCUAUACCUUGCUCCGGCAAUUGCUGGCCAAAUUCGAGCGGGUAUAUGUGGUCGUAGAUGCUGUGGACGAGUGUCUCGAAUUCUAUACACUUCUUGACUGGAUUCAAGACUUCACCAGCUGGAACGAGUUCAAAGCUCACGUACAUCUUCUCGUCACGAGCCGAGACGAGAUACAUAUUCAGGACUGCCUCUUAUCACUCAGCACUAUCCAAGUAUACAUGGGGCGCAAAGUGGUCGACCCGGACAUUCGGACCUUUAUAGACUGCAAGUUGCAGUCGGGGCGUAUAACCAAACGGUGGGGCGAGGAGGAGAGGAAAGCAAUUCAGGCAGAUAUCUCGGAAGGGUCGCAGGGAAUAUUCAGAAGGGUCGACUAUUUCCUAAAGAAACUGGGGACCUGCUACAAUAAGCGAGAACUGAAUAAUGCGCUGGGGGAGAUCCGGAAUCGCAAUACCUUAGGGCUGAACCGCAUUUAUGACUGGUAG